AUGAGUAAUUAAAGUGAAGAUGAGAAUGAAGUAUUAUAAGUAGAAUUGCCAAGUGAUGAAGAAUAAAGAGCAGAAGAAGAAGAUGAAAGAAUAAAAAAAUUAGAGUAAGACAAAAAGAUCUUUAUGAGUUCAAUUAAGUAAACUGGGAGAAUGAACACUAAUGUAAAUACUAUAUAUAUAUAUUAAAAUAGAUUAAAUUUGAUAAUAUAGAAUCAAAGAUAAAUACAUUACUAGAAAAUGCUGAGAAAUAUGCUAUGUUUCUAUUACAUAGACAUAAAAGAACUUAAGAGAGUAAAUAGAAAGUUCAAGCUUAAUAGAGAGGAAAACAUAGAUAAAUAAUUGAAGAUGGAAGUGAGGAGGAAGAUUUUGAUGAUACUCCUACAGUAUUAGAAAAAUAGCCUACUAUUUUAAAAGGAGGAUAAUUGAAAUCAUAUUAAAUGACAGGAUUAAAUUGGAUGAUUUCUUUAUUUGAAGAAGGAAUUAAUGGAAUUUUAGCAGAUGAAAUGGGUUUGGGCAAAACAAUAUAAACUAUUGGAUUUCUAGCUUUUUUGAAAGAGUAUAAAAAGAUUAGUGGACCUUAUAUGAUAGUGGCUCCAAAGUCUACAUUAGGUAAUUGGAUGAGAGAAUUCAAAAUAUGGUUACCUUGUAUGAGAGUAGUAAAAUUGAUAGCAAUAAAAGAAGAGAGAGACGAAAUAUUAAACAGAUAUUUUUAACCAGGAAAAUUUGAUGUUUGUUUAACAAGUUAUGAAGGAGUUAACAUUUGUUUAAAACAUAUUAGAAGAUUUCAAUAUAAAUAUAUCAUAAUAGAUGAGGCACACAAAAUAAAGAAUGAAGAUGCUAUAAUCAGUCAAAAUUUACGUAAAAUUAGAACUAAUUAUAAAUUAUUACUUACUGGAACACCAUUAUAGAAUACACCACAUGAAUUAUGGAGUUUAUUGAAUUAUUUAUUGCCUGAUCUCUUUGAUUCAUCAGAAGUAUUUGAUAAAUGGUUUGAAGUAAAUACUGAAGCAAAAUUAAAAGAAGGCAAUGAAACUAUACAUCAAGAUGAAUUAGAAUAAAGGAAUUUAUAAAUGGUCUAGAAAUUUUAGAAGAUUUUAAGACCAUUUAUGUUAAGGAGAACUAAAGCUGAAGUUGAAAGAAUGCUUCCUCCAAAGUAAGAAAUCCAUUUAUUUAUUAAAAUGUCUAAUUUGUAAAAAUCAAUGUAUUCAAAUAUAUUAAUUCAUAAUAAUCCACAUGAAGGAGAUGAUAAAACCUUUUAUAUGAAUAAACUAAUGUAAUUACGUAAGAUUUGUUUACAUCCUUAUCUAUUUCCUGAAGUGGAAGACAAGACAUUACCAGCAUUGGGAGAACAUUUAAUAGAUGUGAGUGGUAAGAUGAGAGUAUUAGAUAAGUUUUUAAAGAAAUUAAGUGAAGGUUAACAUUAAAUACUCAUCUUUUCAUAAUUUACUAUGAUGUUAAAUAUUUUAGAAGAUUAUUGCAAUUUUAGAGGUUAUGAAUAUUGUAGAAUUGAUGGAGAAACAGAAAUUCAAUAAAGAGAUGAUUAGAUUGCUGAAUUUACAUCUCCAGAUAGCAAAAAAUUUAUAUUUUUAUUGUCAACUAGAGCUGGUGGUCUUGGUAUCAAUUUAGCUACUGCAGAUACUGUUAUUAUUUAUGAUUCAGAUUUCAAUCCCUAAAUGGAUAUGUAAGCUAUGGAUAGAGCUCAUAGAAUUGGAUAAAAGAGUAGAGUAAUGGUCUAUAGAAUGGCUUGUGAACAUACUGUAGAGGAAAAGAUCAUUGAAAGACAAUAGAUAAAAUUACGUUGGGAUUCACUUAUGGUUUAAUAAGGGAGACUUUAAUAGAAAUAGAGUGGCAAAUUGUUAUCCAAAGAAGAUUUAAAAGAUUUAACUACUUAUGGAGCUUCAUAGAUUUUUAAAUUAGAUGGAGAUGAUAUUAAAGAUGAAGAUAUUGAUAUCUUACUUAAAAGAGGUGAAUAAUUAACUAAAGAAAUGAAUGAAAGAAUUGAAAAGAAGUUUGAAAACUUUAAGGAUAAAGUUUAAUCUUUGGAUUUAGGAUUAGGAUAAAUUAAUAUUUUUGAUUAUUUUGAUGAAGCCAAAAGAAAUAAAGAAGAUGAAGAAGCAUUAGAAGAUGCCUUAGUCAACCAUCUUAUGCAAGAUAAUAAGACUAGAAAUCGUGAUAAGAGAGCCAUGAUGAUUGGAGCUAAUUCUAAAAAAAUAUAAGGGAAAUAAAUUAAACUUUCUGAACAUCAUUUAUAUGAAAAUAAGGAUAGAUUAUAAUAUUUACUUUAAAAAGAAGAAGACUUUUUAGCAUAAUAGAAAUCAUAAAAGAAGACUAAUGAAAAUGAUGAAAAUGUUGAUUUUGGUGGUCUUACUUAAGAAGAAAGAUAAGAAUAAAAAAGAUUAUUAGAAACUGGUUUUAAGAAUUGGAAUAAAUAAGAAUUUUAAGAUUUCAUUACUGCUAAUGAAAAAUAUGGAAAAGAUGCUUAUGAUAAAAUUUAAGAAGUUAUCAAAACAAAAACAUUAGAUGAAAUAAAAGCAUAUGCUUAAGCUUUUUGGGAGAGAAUAGAUGGAUUAAGUGAAAAAGAUAAAAUUGUCAAAUAAAUUGAAAGAGGUUAAAAACUAAUUGAAUAAAAAACAAAUGGAUAAAAAUUAAUUGAAGAAAAAUGUAAACAUUUUCAUCAACCUAAAUAUGAAUUAGUAUUUACUCCUUAAUUAUAUAAUAAAUUCAAAAGUAAGUAUUUCAGUUUAGAAAAUGAUAAAUUUUUAAUCUAUAUGACUAAUGAAGUUGGAUAUGGUAAUUGGGCUUAACUUAAAUAAUCUAUUAGAAAAGAACCUAUGUUUAGAUUUGAUCAUGCCUUUAAGUGCAAAAGUGAAAAUGAACUAAAAAACAGAGUUAUUUCUCUUGUAAAAGUAUUAGAUAAAGAGAAGGAGAAUAAUUCUAUGGGAAGAUCUCUAGUAAAGAAUACUUAUAUUGAAAAACCAAAAGUAUUAUAGGAAUCUCAGAAAAAGAAAACAAAAAAUGAUGAUGAAGAAUUAUAAGAUGGAUCUGAAUCUGUUAAGAAAGUGAAAGUAUGAUUUAUAUAUAUAAAUAAAAAUAUAUAUAUAUAUUUAAUAAUAAAUGAAUUUCUUAGAGCCAAGUUCUAAUGAACUAAUCUAACGACGUCAAUAAGUUAAACUUGAUUUCUUAUUAUCUGAAAAUCGUUCACUUAAAUAAGAGAAUGAGUUAUUAUUAUUGACACUUUAGAAGUAUAGAACUAAUCAACUGAAUGAAAUCUUUUCUUUUGAAAUUCAAUAAUUAAAUAAGCAAGUUAUAUUAUUGAAAGAAUAACUCACACAUUCAUAGAUCUAAGCUUUCCUCAAUCUUUAAAUAAGUUAAUAAAUUGAAGCCUUUUAUUUAGAUUUAGUUCAUGAAUAAGAAGAUAAAAUAUUAGAAUAACGUCGCAUCAUACAUGAUAAAGAAUAUACUAUAUAACAAUAAGAAAAGAACAAUACAAUUUUGAAUGAUGGAGUGGCUAUUAAAUGUAAGGAUCUCUUAUAAUUAAAUGAAAUAUCUUUAAAAUUACAUAAUGAAAUUGAAAAUUUAAAAAAUGAACUUCUAAAACAUAAUUAAUAUAUCUAACACUGUUAAAUUAAAAUUAAAUAAUUAAAUACUGAAAAUUCUACUUAUAAAUUCGAAUUAUUAAAGUUUCGAAAAGCUUUAAGGAAUUAAGUUACAUUCAGAAAAGUUAAAGAAAGUUUAAUGAAUGAUUAUGAAUAAGAUUAUAGUGAUACAGAAUUAUCUUCUUUUUCAAAUAAUGGUUAAUCUACAACUGAAACAAGAUAAGCUAAUACUAGUAUUUCUACUCAAAAAUGUCAUUAAUUAGAAAGAUAUAAAAAAUUAUUUGAAUCAUAAGUUACAACAAAUAAUAUACUUUAAGGAGAAUAUAAUAAAAUUUAUAAAUAAAAUUAAUAAUUAUUAGUAACAAAUGAACGAUUAUGUAUUCAUUCUUAAACUUAAAAUAAAAAAAUUGAAAAAUUAAAAAAUGAAUUAAUUUAUCUUGAAUAAUUUUGGUAAGCAUCAUUAAAUAAUACAACUAAUUAAAUUAUUAAAUAUUCAAUGACUAAUCUAGAUGAAUCUAAAUUGAAUCUUGAAUAAAGAAGCAAAAGUUGCAAAUAAUUAGAUUAUAAAGAAUCAAAUGAAAUGAAAGAAUACAAGAACUAUUUAUUAUAAUUACAUAGAGAAUUACAUUCUAAAAAUAAAAAAUAGUUAAUAUCAAGAUGUAUGUCAGAACCACCCAGAUUUAAAUAAAUUAAGUUAACAAAAAAGAAAAAACAUUUAAAAGAACAAAAUUAAGGACAACAACCUUAAGAUUUAUCUAUUAUUCAUAAAAAAGAUCUUAGUUAACUUAGUGAAUGCAUAAUUUGA